GUCUUAUCACCCCCAUAAACGUCAACCACAAUAUCCUGGUUACUUGUUCCUCUAUAGUACUGCCAAUUAACCUGUUUUUAAUCCUUUGGCUGCUUCGUGUUUAUCUACACCUAUAUAUAUAUAUAACCUAAGAUGCAGCAAAUCGUUUUCCAUCAUUUUAUUCAACCAUAAAACUACCUCCAAGGAGAAUCUCAAACGCAAUAGCAACUAAAAGGCAGCAGCAGCAGCUGAGUUUUCUGAGCCAUGGCAGAUGAGUUUAACACAGGAACAAACUGGUGGGAUUCAUCUAGAACUGCUGGUUCUUCAUCUUCAUCUUCUGGGCUUAAUAAUAGCCUUGGUUGGGCGACUGAGAUGGCUGAUAUCAAAGCAGCAGCUGCUGCGAGGUCUUCCAUGGAUUCCGUCUCAUCGGGUAGUUCGGUUGUUUUCCAGGACAACCAGAAGCUUCAAGCUAUGGAUUUGCAAAUGAUGGGUUUGGGACUUUCUUCUCAAGCCAUGGAUUGGAAUCAAGCUUUUCUGCGUGGGGAGAAGAGUGAGACUAGUUUCAGGUCUAUGCUUCAAGACCAUAGCUUGAGUACAUCAAAUACAAACUAUCAUCAUCAGCAAAUGAAUAGAGGGUUUUCACUUGAUCAAUCCCAGUUUAGUCCUCAUGGAAGUUCCAGUGAUAGCACCGUGACUUGCCAUGGUUUGCCUUCGAGUUUUCCGAUGGAUUCGACGGCGGCCUUAUACGGGAGCCCUUCCACGAUUCUGCAAGGACUAUUGGGAUCUGAGAAUCAACCACAACAACAACAACAAUCUUCUUACGAGAAUCGCUCCAUCAAUUAUCAAUAUGGAAUGAACACAAAUGAUCAAUUGUUACCUAAUUCUUGGUCCAAAGUCCCACAGUUCUUGAGCAGCUCACCACCAAAACAUCAUCAUCAACAACAACAUCAGCUCCAUGGCCAGUUACAUUUCUCAAACAAUGCUCCUUUUUGGAACCCAUCUGCAGCUCCCAUGGCUGAUCAUGUUAGGCCUGGGGUUUUCCCUUCAUUGCAAACCCAAUUUCCAACAGGAAAUUUCGAUGAAAAACCAAAGCAGAAUAUAUCAGAAGUUCGGGACUCAAGCACUGUGGUGAAGAAAAGUGGAAACGAACCCACUUCUAAAAGGCCCCGAAAUGAAAACCCAUCAACUAUGCCAGCUUUUAAGGUGAGAAAAGAGAAGAUGGGAGACAGAAUCACUGCACUCCAACAAUUGGUUUCACCUUUCGGAAAAACUGAUACAGCCUCAGUGCUCUCUGAAGCCAUUGAAUACAUAAAAUUCCUCCAUGAACAAGUCAAUGUUCUAAGUACCCCAUACAUGAAAAACAACGAAGCUGUCAUACAACACCAGCGGAAUCCUGAGAAAUCCAAGGACCCUGAAGGUCCUAACCAAGAUCUAAGAAGUCGAGGACUAUGCCUGGUGCCGGUCUCGAGCACGUUCCCAUUGACACAUGACUCGCCGGUCGAUUUCUGGACACCGACAUUUGGAGGAACUUUCAGGUAGAAAGUGAAGAGGAAAAAAAAGGGUCCGAUAGAUAGAUAGAUAUCUGUAAAUGGAACAGAUUCUCUGCAAUGUUAUUGUACAUUCUUAUCAGGAAAUCAAAACCCUAGCCAAGUUGUUUGUGUGGAAUGAAUGAAAGAAAGUCCGCACUGAAAGGUGAAGUCCCAAAAGGGGAAAAAAUGAAGGACUCUUCAAAGAAGAGGGGGCCAACAACAGGCAAAAUGAAGCAAGGAUUUGGGCACUGUUGGGGGACCA